AUAAGUUAGCUCCUAAAUGCAAAGAACGACACACCAAAUUGAUAAAAAGAAAAGGAAAAAAAAAAUGUCGACAAAAUCACAUGAUGAAUCUUACCUUUUCGGCCACGGCGUUGUUCUUCUGGGGAAAAGGGGCGGCGGCUUUUUGUUUGUGAGGAAGAAGUAAGGGAAGAAUAAAGAUGGGAGGAAGAAGGAUUAGAGACGCGAGGCAGGCUCAUGUUGGAUUCUGAUGAUUGCCCACCAACUGAAUUUCAAGUUUCUUCUACGCGGAGUACCAAAGCAACGGUACGUCAAGCAGAAAAACUUACACUCUUUCAGAAAUGAACACCAACUGUUUGAUCAAAGUACUGAACCAGAUGCUGCCUCCAUUAGCCGUUCUAUGUUCACAUAUUUGCAGAGAAAUCAUCCACACAAAGCUCUUCAAAUCUUCAAGAAUAACCUUGAAAUGGGUUUGGCUGAAAACGUCGAUGAAGCUAUGGUUACCCUCGCUCUCAAGGCUUGUCGAAGCGAGCCGAAACUCGGCCGCCAAAUCCACGGGUUUGCAAUCUCAUCUGGAUUUAUCUCGCACAGUAUAGUUUCAAAUUCUUUGAUGAAUAUGUACUCUAAAUCCGGGCAACUUGAAAGUGCUUUGUGUGUCUUUGCGAGUUUAUGCAAUCCUAGCAUUGUUGCUUGGAAUACAAUCCUUUCGGGAUUUCGAAAGAGCGAAGAAGCUUUUGAUUUCGCUCUUCGAAUGAAUUUGAAUGGGGUGAAAUUUGAUUCCGUCAGUUAUACUACGAUUCUGGCUUUUUGUUCGGAUUAUGAAGAGUUUCUAUUUGGAAUCCAAUUGCAUUGUCUUGUCAUUAAAUCAGGAUUUAAUUGCGAAGUUUUUGUUGGAAAUGCACUUGUGUCGGUGUACUCGAGAUGCGAAAAUCUAUUGGAUGCUCGGAGGGUGUUUGACGAAAUGCCCAAUAAGGAUUUGGUUACGUGGAAUGCAAUGAUAUCGGGGUAUACUCAGGACGGAGAUCAUGGGCUAGAAGCGGCUUUGUUCUUUCUUGAAAUGGUGAGAGGAAGAAUGGAGCUUGAUCAUGUUUCAUUUACUAGUGCAGUUUCGGCUUGCGGGCAUGAAAAAAAUUUAGAGCUUGGGAAACAGAUACAUGGCUUAGUUAUAAAAUCGGGAUAUGGAACACAUGUUUCAGUUUGCAAUGUGUUGAUCUCGACAUAUUCAAAGUGUGAGGUCAUUGAAGAUGCAAAAUUAGUCUUUCGGGAGAUGAUUGAACGAAAUGUCGUGUCAUGGACUUCAAUGGUUUCUAUAAACGAGGACGAUGCUAUGAAUCUAUUCCAUGGUAUGAGAUUAGACGGAGUAUAUCCAAACGGUGUAACCUUUGUAGGACUAAUCCACGCCAUAACAACGAGGAAUUUGGUCGAAGUAGGACGAAAGAUCCAUGGAUUUUGUGUAAAGACUUCAUUUUUGUCGGAACAAAAUGUUUGCAAUAGCUUCAUUACCAUGUAUGCAAAGUUCCAGUCCAUAGGAGACUGUUUGAAAUUCUUUGAGGAGCUUAGGUACAGAGAUAUCACAUCAUGGAAUUCGAUCAUUUCAGGUUGUUCUCAAAAUGGAUUGUACAAAAAGGCUCUGCAUAUGUUCCUAAUAGCUGUUACCGAGUGUAAACCAAACCAUUAUACCUUUGGUAGCGCCUUGAGUGCGAUUGCUGAUGCUGCGGAUAUUUCUUUGAAGUAUGGCCAACGAUGCCAUUCGUAUCUAAUAAAACACGGGUUGAACACCCACCCAAUUAUCUCUGGCGCUCUUCUCGACAUGUAUGCAAAGCGCGGGAGCAUCUGCGAGUCUCAAAAGGUUUUCGAUGAUACACCUCAGAGAAGCCAAUUUGCUUGGACUGCACUAAUCUCUGCCUAUGCGAGCCAUGGAGACUAUGAAUCAAUGAUAAAGCUAUUCCGGGAGAUGGUGAGGGAAGAGGUAAAACCCGAUUCAAUCACUUUUCUUUCUGUGCUAACCGCGUGCAGUAGAAAAGGGAUGGUUGAGAUGGGGCGGGAGCUCUUCAAUUUGAUGGUGAAGAACUAUAAGAUAGAACCGUCCCCAGAGCAUUAUUCUUGUAUGGUGGAUUUGCUUGGGCGGGCGGGAAAACUCGAAGAGGCAGAGGAAAUGCUAGGCAGGAUUCCGGGGCAACCAGGGUUAUCAGUGUUACAAAGCUUGCUUGGAGCAUGUCAGAUGUAUGGGAAUUUGGAAAUGGCUGAGAGAACAGCUCAAGUUUUGAUGGCAUUGGAGCCAUCAGAAUCAGGGCCUUAUGUUUUGGUAUCAAAUUUGUAUGCUGAGAAAGGAGAAUGGGAAAAAGUGGCAAAAAUUCGGAGAGGGAUGAGGAACAAGGGAGUGAAAAAAGUGGUGGGGUUUAGUUGGGUGGAUGUUGGGGAUGUUGGUGGAGGUUCCCUGAAUCUACAUGGAUUUUCUGCAGGUGAUAAGUCACACCCCAAGUCUGAGGAGAUUUUUAGGAUGGCAAAGUACCUAGGAUUUGAAAUGAGGUUAUUGAGUGAGAGAGAGGAUAAUGAGUGUUUGCAAGAGAAUUUUAGCAACAUUGAAUACCUUGAAAGCGGUCAAAAUGGAUUGUUAUUUUUGUAAUUGUUAUUUUUGUAGAUGCAAAAAUAUG